AUGCAAUUGCAAACACUGUUUUUGGUCAUCACUGGGUUGACAAUCCUGUCGAACCUGGUGUCAAUUGUGACCAAGGAGAGGAUCCAAGGGGCGGUGUAUGUUGUGUUCUUGAAACUGUUCUUGACUGAAAAAUAUAACAAGCUGAUGAAACUCAAGUCAGAGCAAUUGGCCGUUAACAAGGAAAGGAACGCGAUCAGCGCGCAAGACAAUUACGCUAAAUGGACAAAACUCAACAGAAAAUACGAUGCGUUAGCCGAGCAAAUAAAGAAAGAAGAGCACGCGCUCUCAGGCCAGAAAUCAUCUAUAGACAAUUAUGUCUCCAGAGCAUUGCAAUUAUUGACUACGCUGCCCAUAAACGCAUUAAAACUAUGGUACGCUCGCAAAAGUCUUUUUUACACCAGACCAGGCACAUUUCCUUGGGUCAUAGACGCAUUGAUCAUAAAUCUGCCCUUUUUAGCCAGAGGCUCCGUGGGGAUUUACGUUUGGUGUUUCUGUGUGAACAGGGUUUUUUGGAUCCUGGUGGAUUUCGUCAAAGUCCUCACCGAGCCAAGACCACUACCGCCUUCUAAAGAAAAAGUUAAUUAA